UUUUUUGCUUUGCUUGCCAAGUAUUUUGAGCGAGCAAUAAAAAAUAAUAUUUGUAUAUAUUGCAACACCAGGCCAAGUGUCACUGUCACAAAUUAAAACAUUCUUUUCCGGUUUGCUUGUGGAGAUUGAGAGACGUCUGCCACAGGCUCGCCAAGAUGGGCGCGUACAGAUAUAUUCAGGAAUUGUACCGAAAAAAAUUGAGCGAUGUUAUGCGCUUCCUCUUACGUGUAAGAGUAUGGCAGUACCGACAGUUGACUCGCAUGCAUCGUGCUCCCAGGCCUACUAGGCCUGACAAAGCAAGGAGAUUGGGAUACCGCGCCAAGCAAGGUUAUGUUAUCUUCAGAAUCCGCGUGCGCCGUGGAGGUCGUAAACGCCCGGUCGCCAAGGGAGCUACCUAUGGCAAACCUAAAAGCCAUGGAGUGAACCAAUUGAAGCCCACACGGAACUUGCAAUCUAUUGCUGAGGAGCGUGUUGGUCGUCGCUGCGGAGGUCUCCGUGUACUCAACUCAUACUGGGUAGCUCAGGAUUCUUCCUACAAAUACUUUGAAGUAAUUCUGGUUGAUCCAUCACACAAGGCCAUCCGUCGUGAUCCCAAGAUCAACUGGAUUGUGAAUGCCGUUCACAAGCACCGUGAGAUGCGUGGUCUGACAUCUGCUGGGAGGAGCUCCCGCGGUUUGGGCAAGGGCCACCGCUUCUCGCAAACCAAGGGAGGCUCCCGCCGCGCCGCCUGGAUCAGACGCAACACCCUACAGCUGCGUCGCAAGCGAUAAACUUAGGGUGCUAUACAUCAUUGACUUUCUAUUUGAUUUUGGUUGUCAAAUGGAAAGCCACUGGUUUUUACUAAUAAACAACAACACUAA